AUGUCAGACGGUAGUAGUGAUGAUCGGCACCCUCCACACGGAGAGCAAGAACUUGCAAGCAAAAUGCUACAAGUGCAAAGUAAACGGUUUUAUGUUGAUGUCAAGCAGAAUAACCGAGGUCGUUUUAUCAAACUUGCGGAAGUUGGCUUAGGAGGACGAAAAAGCCGAUUGAUACUGUCAAUGAGCGCAGCAGUUGCGUUUCGUGAUCAUCUUGAUAAAUUUGUCAAGUUCUUUGAUGGCCUCGCUUCUGGUGAGGAGCCGAUUGUGGGUGAAAAUGGACAAUUAAAAUCGGAAAUAAUCGUCCAUGAAUCUCGUCGAUAUUAUCUUAGUUUGAAAGAAAAUCAAAGGGGGCGUUAUUUACGUGUUUCCCAAAGAGUUUCGCGAGGCAAUUCAGGUCCUCGUUCACAAAUAGCAUUACCUGCACCUGGCAUGACUCAGCUGCGCGAUGCACUGAAUGAACUGAUUGAUAAGUACGCAGAAGGAUAUCUUAAUGAUAAUGAUGCAAACGUAGAAUUGCCCGAACCGAAACAUGUGCGUGCUGAAAAUAAAAUUUUCUAUUUCGAUGUUGGGCAUAAUGAGCGCGGUACUUUUGUACGUAUAUCCGAGGUUAAGCAGAUUUCUGGAAGUCGUUCUUCAAUCGCAGUACCAAUGAGCUCUUGGGGAGCCUUUCGAGAUGUUCUAGCAGAACUACAAGAAAAAAUGUUGGCUGCAAAAAGAGCUGAAAAUGAUGCUGAAGGAACGACCAAGUCGGAUGUUAAGCUCGAGCAUAAUAAAGAAUGA